ACUAUGCGAUAACGCGUCGUGCGCUUAUAUAAAACUCAUUUCAUAAAGACGAAUUCGUCAGUUAACAAUUUAAUAAGUGAAGAAAUAGAUACUCGUCUCUUCAUUUAGCGAAUGGAUUUUCCACGAUGAAAGGUAUAUACUUAGUGGCCAUUUUAGUGGUCACAUUGGGUAUUGUCCUUAAUGGAUCACUAGCUGAUAUUCCAACAAAAUGUCCCGAGACCAAUCAACAAAAUGAGACAGUUUUUAUACCCCAUGAAAGUGACUGUACAAAAUUCUACAGUUGUCACCUGGGAAUAAAAGGAAAGCCAAUAGAUUGCCCUUUCAUGGAUGAGAAUGGUAAUAAAUUGCACUUCAAUCCCAAACUUCAAGUAUGCGAUUGGCCCUGGAAUGCAGGAUGUCAGACACCGUCAUUGAAUUCGACAACUACAUCAAGUAUUCCGACAACAAUAAUUACACCAAAUAUCACGAUUUCUCCGACGCCGACGACUCCGACACCAAGUUCUCCAACACCUACAACAGCGACACCGAGUACUUCAACAUCGACAACUCCGACACCGAGUUCUCCAACGCCGACGACCCCAACAACGAGUUCUCCGACGCCGACAACGCCGACACUAAGUUCUUCGACAUCGACUACUCCGACACCGAGUUCUCCAACGCCGACGACCCCAACAUCGAGUUCUUCGACGUCGACAAUGCCGACGACCUCGACAUCGAGUUCUCCAACGCCGACGACUCCGACAUCAAGUUCUCCAACAACUACAACAGCGAUACCGAGUACUUUAACAUCGAGUUCUCCGACACCGACAACGCCGACGACCUCGACACCGAGCUCUCCAAUACCGACGACUCCGACAUCCAGUUCUCCAACGCCAACGACUCCGACACUAAGUUCUUCGACAUCGACUACUCCGACACCGAGUUCUCCGACGCCGACAACGCCGACGACCUCGACAUCGAGUUCUCCAACGCCGACGACUCCGACAUCAAGUUCUCCAACAACUACAACAGCGAUACCGAGUACUUUAACAUCGAGUUCUCCGACACCAACAACGCCGACGACCUCAAUACCGAAUUUUCCGACACCUUCAGUGAAUUCUUGUAAAUCUGACAACAGAACACACAUGCUUCCCCAUGAAACUAUGUGCGAUCAUUACUAUUUGUGUUUCAAUGGUUGGGUAAGUCCCAUCUCUCAGAAAUGCGACCGUAAUUUAUUAUUUAAUUCAUUGCUUCGUGUAUGUGAUUAUCCGGAAAAUGUAAAUUGUAAAAACUCUCCGCUAAAUACGGAUAAGUCAAAUCCAUCAUCGAUUUCGCCACCGUUUAAUUACUCAUUGCCGACAAACUCAGAUCCAGUUGCUUCGAGUUGCGAACCAAAUGAUAAGAACUACAAAAUUCCUCAUGAAAUUAUAUGCGAUUACUAUUAUUGGUGUGCUAACGGCAUAAGAGGUACGAAUUGGGUAAGAUGCGAAAGCAAUUUAUUAUUCAAUCCAGUGAUCGGUGAAUGUGAUUACUCGGAAAACGUAAACUGUGGACACAGAAGUACUUUGUCACCUAUAGUUCCUUCUCCAACGACUAUGACUCCAACGACUACGACUCCAACGACUACGACUCCAACGACUACGACUCCAACGACUACGACUCCAACGACUACCACUCCAACACAACCGACUACGACUCCAACGACUACGACUCCAACGACUACGACUCCAACGACUACGACUCCAACGACUACGACUCCAACGACUACGACUCCAACGACUACGACACCUACGACUACAACUCCGACUACAACGACUCCAACAAAAACGACUACAAAAGAAAUAACGAUUACAACAGAAACCACAACAAAAAAUCCCAAUGAACCCCGUAAUAAAUGUCCUCCAAAGGGAUCAACGGAAGAAGCACGGAUUGCUCAUCCAUGUCUAUGCAACCGAUAUUACGACUGCAUAGAUGGUGAAAAGAUAUUACAAACAUGUCCGAUCGGUAAGCAUUUUGAUUACAUGAGAGAGAUUUGCGAUUGGACUUCAAUAGUAAAAUGUAUUCGACCGAUUCCAACCUUUAACAUUUUAACCUCCGACAUUGAUGACUAUAAUACUACAUGCGCUCCAGAAGGCAGAGCAUUUCAACAUGACACCGAUUGCUCUGCCUAUUAUUUAUGCUCCAACGGUGAGAAAAUUUUAAGACAGUGUAUGGAGGGACUUCACUUCAACAUGACCAUCCAAAUAUGCGACUAUCCGCAAAAGAGUUGCGAUCUGAACAGAUCCUCGCCAAGAAUCAAUUUGGAUAUUUGCCCUCCUUCAGAUUCCGUACAGGAAGUAUUUUUGCCUCACGAAUGUGAAUGCACACAAUAUUAUGAAUGCAUUGAUGGAAAGAAAUUUCUUCGAUUUUGUCCAAAUCGUCUACAUUUUGAUCCCGUUUGGCAAAUUUGUAAUGAUCCAAUUGAAGCCAAAUGUGUUGCUGAUACAAUUUCGACAACGUCUACAUCAAUAUUUACAACAUCAUCAACUACGGAAAUUAUCGAUGAACCCCGCACAACGUGUCCUCCUAAGGGAUCAACUGAAAAAGUACGACUUCCUCAUCCAUGUCUAUGCAAUCAGUAUUACGAGUGCGUGGAAGGCGACAAGGUAUUACGAACAUGUCCAAUCAACAUGUACUUUGAUGACGCAACAGAUGUUUGCGAUUGGAGCAUCAAAGUGAAAUGUAUCUCACAAUUUUCAUCUCACGACAUCCAAAUUAACGAUUACGACAUUAACAAUAAAUGUUCUCCAAACGGCAGAGCGUUCAAUCAUGAAAAUAGUUGCACUGAGUAUUAUUUAUGCUCUGAAGGUGAAAAAGUUUUACAAUACUGCUUUGAAGGACUUCAUUUCAACGUUACUAUACAGAUGUGCGAUUAUCCGCAAAAGAAAUGUGAUCUAAGUACACCUAAGCCACAACCUAUACACCCGACAGUAACCUUAAAUAUUUGUCCUCCCGAUUCCAUGCAACAAGUCCUGUUGCCUCAUGAGUGCAAUUGCACACAAUAUUAUGAGUGUAUUGACGGAAAACAGAUCCUUCGAGAUUGUUCGGAUGGUCUACAUUAUGAUUAUGUUCGUCAGAUUUGUGAUGUGCCGAUUAAAGGUAAAUGCAAUGAUUUCACAACAACGAUUCCUCGAAGUUCGUUUCCUACCAUCCCUGAUUCAAGUAAAUGUUACGACGAAAAUAAUGAAAUACCUCAUGAAAAUGACUGUAGGUUUUACUACAAGUGCAACAAUGGUGAGAAGAUCUUGAAAACAUGUCCUAGAAAUUUAUACUUUAAUCCAAAGCUUCGAGUAUGCGAUUAUCCGGAAAACGUCGUCUGCAACGUUGAAGGAAACAUACCCAGUACAUCAACACCAAUCAAGUGCGAAACAAUAACAGAAACCACCAAUAUUCCUCAUGAGACCGACUGUAAUUUGUAUUAUGUCUGCGAGAAUGGCGUCGGCAUACUUAAAAAAUGUUCUCCGAAUCUCGUUUUUAAUCCUAUUCUGAAAGUUUGCGAUUUCCCAGAGAAUUAUGUCUGCAAAGUAACACAUGACAAAAAUAAUAUUAAAAAGAUUGAUAAAAUAGUUCAAAAUCUCAAUCCAUUUACUUGUAUUGGUACUUGUCCAGAAGAAGAUCCUGAUUAUGCAGUGUUACUUCCAAACGACGAUUGCAAGAAAUUCUGUAUGUGUAGCGGUGGCGUAGCAUGGAUUCAAUCGUGUCCUGAGCCUCUCUAUUUUGAUUCUGUUGAAAAGAUUUGUAAGAAAAAGAAGGAUGCCGUUUGUGGGAUACGCUUAUACAAUCAAGAUAGCUCUUUCAAGAUUGAUAAAACGGUUAAUAAUGACGAUUCGUUGCAACCUCUAACCGAUGAAAACGACGACGAUGAACAUGAAACAUCUCUCGAUCCAUCUUCUUGUAUCGGUACUUGUUUUGAAGAAGAUCCUGAACAUACAGUGCUACUUCCAAACGAUAACUGCAAGAAAUUUUGUUUGUGUAGCAAUGGCACAACAUAUGUUCAGCUAUGUCCUGAAUUACUUUAUUUUGAUUCUAUAGAUAAGGCCUGUAAACGAAAGAAGGAUGCUGUUUGUGCGGUACGCUCAUUGAUGGUCGACAGAAUAUUUGACGACAAUUCGGUAUCUCUAAGCGAAAAGGAUUAUAACGAACGUGAAUUAUAUGACAAUCCUUGGUAUAAGCGGCGUUUCUAUAAUGUCGAUCCGUCUACAUGCAUCGGCAUUUGUCCUGAAGAAGAUAACGACUAUGAAGAGUUACUUCCGCAUAAGGACUGCAGGAAGUUCUGUAUAUGCCGUAAGGGUUUAACAUACGUUCAAUUAUGUCCUAGGUCACUUUACUUUCAUUCUGUGGAAAAGGUCUGUAGACAAAAAAGACAUGCCGUUUGCGCAACAAAUUCAUUCAAACAAUAUCAUGCAAUUACGAUUAACAGAGAGGAUGACGAGGACGACGAUUCGAUGGAAUUUCUGAGAGAGGAUAAUAAACGUAGAAGACAUAACUACUUAUGGCCACACUUCCGUAAUUUCAAUCCGACUACUUGCAUCGGUAUUUGUUCUAACUCCAAGUGUGCAGUGUUAUAUCCACACACGGAUUGUAAGAAAUUUUGUUUAUGUAACAAUGGUUUCAUGUGGAUCCAAUCGUGCCCUAAGUCUCUUUACUUUGACUCAAUACAUAAAAGAUGUAAAGAGAAGAAAGAAGCUGUUUGUGCAGUACGUACGUUUAACCGAAAAAGAAUUAUUGUGAUAGAUAAACAAGUCAAUGAGAACAAAAAGAUAGAAGUUCAAGAGAUGAAUGAUGAACGCGAAAUACACAAUUCUUGGUCUAGGCUUCACUCCCACCAAGACGUAUCUACCUGCAUAGGAACUUGUUUCGAUGAAGACUAUGAUUAUGCGGUUUUGCUUCCAAAUUUGGAUUGCAGAAAGUUCUGUGUAUGUAGCAGAGGUAUGAUAUGGAUCCAGUCAUGUCCUAAGUCAUUUUACUUUGAUUUUGUAGAUAACGUUUGCAAAUUAGAGAGAAAUGCUAUUUGUGCCGUAAAUCGUUACACAAAUCGAUUUUUUACAUUUAAUAAAGUGAUCGACGAAAAUAAUUCGAGCGAAGAGAAAAAUCACUAUCACAAGACACAUGAUAACACUUGGUCUAAAUUAUAUUUCUCAAAUUAUCAAUCUUUCAAUGAUCUUGAUCCAUCUACUUGCAUCGGUACUUGUCCAGAAGAAGACCCUGAUUAUGCAGUGCUACUCCCGAACGAUGACUGCAAGAAAUUCUGUAUGUGUAGCGGUGGCGUGGCAUGGGUUCAAUCAUGUCCUGAGCCUCUCUAUUUUGAUUCUGUUGAAAAGAUUUGUAAGAAAAAGAAGGAUGCCGUUUGUGGGAUACGCUCAAGAUACAAUCAAGAUAGCUCUUUCAAGAUUGAUAAAACGUUUGAUAAUGACGGUUCGAUGAAAACUCUGACUAUUGAAAAUAAUGAACGCGCAACGUAUGACAAUCUCGAUCCAUCUACUUGUAUUGGUACUUGUCCAGAAGAAGAUCCUGGUAAUGCAGUGUUACUCCCGAACGAUGACUGCAAAAAAUUCUGUAUGUGUAGCGGUGGCGUGGCAUGGGUUCAAUCAUGCCCUGACCCACUUUAUUUUGAUUCUGUUCAAAAGAUCUGUAAGAAAAAGAAGCAGGCCGUUUGUGGGGUACGUUCAUACAAUCAAGAUAGCAUUUUCAUGAUUGAUAAAACAGUCGACAAUGACGAUUCGAUGAAAACUCUGACCACUGAAAAUAAUGAACGCACAACGUAUGACAAUCUCGAUCCAUCUACUUGUAUUGGUACUUGUCCAGAAGAAGACCCUGAUUAUGCAGUGCUACUCCCGAACGAUGACUGCAAAAAAUUCUGUAUGUGUAGCGGUGGCGUGGCAUGGGUUCAAUCCUGCCCUGACCCACUUUAUUUUGAUUCUGUUCAAAAGAUCUGUAAGAAAAAGAAGCAGGCCGUUUGUGGGGUACGUUCGUACAAUCAAGAUAGCAUUUUCAUGAUUGAUAAAACGGUCAACAAUGACGAUUCGAUGAAAACUCUGACUAUUGAAAAUAAUGAACGCGCAACAUAUGACAAUCUCGAUCCAUCUACUUGUAUUGGUACUUGUCCAGAAGAAGACUCUGAUUAUGCAGUGCUACUCCCGAAUGAUGACUGCAAGAAAUUCUGUAUCUGUAGCGGUGGCGUGGCAUGGGUUCAAUCAUGUCCUAACUCACUCUAUUUUAAUUCUGUUCAAAAAACUUGCAAACGGAAGAAGGAUGCUGUUUGUGGAGUUCGUUCUAUUUAAUGAAGAUCAUGUCUUUAUAAUUAAUGAAAAAUGGUAAUAAAAAAAGGAAUCUAUGGCACCUUCAAACAAGGAACGACGUAUACUGAACAAAUUUUUGUCAAAGCUUUAUUUCAAUUUUAAUUUUUAUUUUAUCGUUUGCA